AUUAUUAUUAUUAUUAUUAUUAUUAUUAUUAUUAUUAUUGUGUUAUUUUUCCUCUAACCCAAACCCUUUUCUUGUAUUAUCUCAUCCUAUAUAUAACACACCCACACGUACAGUCGUAGUACAUCUACCAACAUUCCAAAUUUCUGUAUUUGGACAAUACCAUGAAGCCCAUCAACCAACAACCCAAUACUCGCCCCCGCCGUCGUCCUGAUCUAACCUUACCCUUACCACCACCGCAACCACAACAGCAGAUAGCCGUUCCUCUUCCUCUUCCACCCUCCUCCUCCUCUGCCGCUACCCACCAACACAUCAACUUCUCCGAACUCAACCGCCUCAACAGAAUCGGCAGCGGCAGCGGUGGUACCGUCUACAAGGUCCUCCACCGGCCCACUGCCACCCUAUACGCCCUCAAAGUGAUCUACGGAACCCACGACCACGAUGCCCGCCACCAGAUCCGUCGUGAAAUCGAGAUCCUGCGUGGGGUGGACAACCUGAACGUGGUCAAGUGUCACGACAUGUUUGAUCGUGCAGGCGAGAUUCAGGUCCUUCUGGAGUACAUGGAUGGUGGAUCACUUGAAGGCACUCAUCUGUCGGACGAAUCAUCUUUGGCGGAUCUUACACGUCAGAUUCUGUCCGGUCUGUAUUACCUCCACAGGCGUAAGAUCGUCCACCGUGAUAUCAAACCCUCCAAUCUAUUAAUUAACUCCAGAAAACAAGUGAAGAUUGCGGAUUUCGGUGUGUCUAGAAUCCUGGAACAAACAAUGGAUCCUUGUAACUCCUCGGUGGGUACCAUCGCUUACAUGAGCCCGGAAAGAAUAAACACGGAUAUAAACGAGGGAAAGUACGACGGGUGCGCUGGAGAUAUAUGGAGCGUGGGUGUGAGCAUUUUGGAGUUCUACAUAGGGCGCUUCCCAUUUAACGUGGGAAGACAGGGUGACUGGGCCAGCCUCAUGUGUGCGAUAUGCAUGUCCCAGCCACCGCAGGCGCCCGCCAAUGCGUCUGCUGAGUUUAGAGAUUUUGUAGGGCGCUGUUUGCAGAUGGAUCCGGCCAGGAGGUGGACUGCGGCGCAGUUGUUGCGACACCCGUUUGUUACAGGAGGGGCAGUGGUUAACCACAACCAUAGUAGUCGUCUUAGUAGUAGUAGUCAGGUGCACCCGACGUAUCAACUACUUCCUCCACCACCUCAAUUUUCUUCCUCUUCAUCAUCCUCUUAGUCUUCAUUCAUUAUUAUUAUUCUACUGUUGGUUGGUUCUUUAUUCUUGUACAUGUAUGUAUGUAUGUGUAAUGUAUUUUAUUACUUUCCUGAAGCAAGCAGUUAAUGUAUGGGUUAGAAAAUAGCAUUCUUGUUCCUA